AUGGCGUCUAACGGUCUCCGAUGCUUUCGCUCGUUGUGGGGCUCGCCAACCGCCUUGAAGCUCGCGAGCGACAGCACGGCGGGGUCCACGGGGUCGUAUGCGCAGCACUUGCUCGCGCAUAUUCGCCGCCAAGGGUUUGACGGGAUCGAGGCGAGUCUCGGAGACUUGAAAGCUCUUGGUGGUACAGAUGUGGUGCUGCCAUUACUUGCUGAGAAUAAAUUGGAGCUGAUCGUGGGCGUCUACUCGGGCUGGGUGGACUAUGAGCCUCAGAAUCUGAGCCAGCAGUUCGAGGGCGUGGAAGCCCAUGUCAAGCGCUUUCGCGAGCAGCUAGAGACGGUCUCGAGCUUCAGUCAACGUCCGAGGGAGUUCUUGAGUCGUGUGCAUGAGAUCGAGCGGGAACUUGAGUGCCACGACAUUCUGGCACACGAGACUCACAGAGGACGCAUGUUCUACUCGCCAUGGCCGACGCUAGCGUUGCUGGAGGAGUUCCCGGGCUUGAAGCUCACGUUGGACUUAAGUCACUGGUGUGUGGUGACGGAACGUCUGCUAAACGCGCCGGAGGACGAGGAAUGGCUGCUGAACAAGGUCGUGCCUCGUGUUCGCCAUGUCCACGGACGUGUGGGGACGGAGCAUGCGGCGCAAUUACCGUAUCCUCUCGAUGAUGAGCUGUCGCGGAAUGAAGUCGAGCGAUUCCAAAAGCUUUGGGAUGCCGUCUGGACCCACCAGAAGGAAGAAGCGAUUGGGAAGCGCCCCACGUUCACGCCAGAGUACGGAUCCAUCCCGUACGCCCCGCGCCACCACGACGACCAGCAGUUCGAGGCAUACAACGUCGACGAGCUCUGUGCGCAGCAAGCGGCAGCCCAAAGGCAGAAAUUCGAUCGCGUGAUGCAGGACUAA